CAGCGAGACACGCUUCUUGUUUGUUAUGUGUUUGCUAAUAAAGUUACGUUGAGGGAAUUUGAAACCAAGAUGGCGGUGUGCAUACCGCUGUCUGUAAAGAUGUCACCCUCAGCUCUACUGGGCGUCAGAAGUCUGUUGACUGAACAAUAUUCAUCCGGAAAGCUGUUAAAAUGUCUGACAGAGCUCUGCAGACGAGGUUACUCAGUGAAAGCCCAGCCGGCGGUGGAGGAGAGCGGGGUGAGCUCCGCCGGGUUCACCGGGCCUCUGGAUCACUACACCGGGCUGAUCAGAGAUGGGACCCUGCGGGAGGAUGAGCAUCAGAAAGCGGUGCUGCAGACUCUGGACCAGCUCCAUAAAAAGCUCCGAGGAUACAGCAACACACCGACAUCCUUCAUCUCCAAGUUUUUCACCAAACCAAAGGCUCCUAAAGGUUAUUACAUCUACGGUGAUGUUGGCACAGGGAAAACGAUGGUGAUGGACAUGUUUUAUUCUUACGUUGAGACUGAAAAGAAGAAGAGGGUUCAUUUCCACGGCUUCAUGUUGGACGUGCAUAAAAGAAUCCAUCGGCUGAAGCAGAGCAUGCCAAAGAGGAAAGCAGGGAAAAUGGCCAAAUCUUACGACCCCAUUGCUCCAGUAGCUGAGGAGAUCAGUGAGGAGGCCUGUCUGCUGUGCUUUGAUGAGUUUCAGGUGACUGAUAUCGCUGACGCCAUGAUUCUCAAGCAGCUCUUUGAGAAUCUGUUUCUGAACGGUGUCGUUGUUGUGGCCACGUCUAAUCGUCCUCCUGAAGACUUGUAUAAAAACGGGCUGCAGAGAGUCAACUUUGUGCCGUUUAUUGCUGUGUUGCAGAAAUAUUGCCAGACUCUUCGCCUGGAUUCUGGGAUAGAUUACCGCAAAAGGAACAAACCCACAGCUGGAAAACUCUACUUCCUCUCCAGUGAGCCUGAUGCAGAGGCGACUCUAGACAAGAUGUUUGAUGAUCUGGCUUUUAAGCAGAACGACAUAACACGACCGAGAGUUAUGAUUGUUCACAACAGGAAAGUCCGUCUGAACAAAGCAUGUGGGACCAUCGCAGACUGCACGUUUGAGGAGCUCUGUGACAGACCUUUAGGGGCCAGCGACUAUCUGGAGAUAUCCAGACUGUUUGACACCGUCUUUAUUCGACACAUUCCUCUACUGACGCUGAACAAGAAAACUCAAGCCAGGCGGCUCAUAACGCUCGUGGACGCCCUCUACGACCAAAAGGUGCGGGUGGUGAUUCUUGCAGAUCAUCCAUUGGAGGAUAUUUUCGUACACAAUGGUGAUCACAAUCACGACGAGAGCCACAUCAUGAUGGACGAUCUAGGGCUGAAAAGGGAUGAAGCCAGCAGUUUGUCCAUCUUCAGCGGAGAGGAGGAAACAUUCGCCUUCCAGAGGACGGUGUCUCGCCUCACGGAGAUGCAGUCAGAAGAAUACUGGUUAGAAGGGGACAGGAGCACUAAAUCAAAAGUAUAACAUUUCUGAAAAGUGGAUCACAUUACACAACUUCCGUACUCCAGAAACUGUCCUCCUCUCUGCCAAAAACAGCCCAGACUGAACACUAACUCCCACUCAUCUUAUCCAGCACAAAGCCAGUGGGACUGCUCGGCAGUACGCGUGCACAUGUUGUACAGAGAAUAUUUAUUGAAAUCUUCAGGCCUUUUAUGACUUUAUCGUGACAUUGCACUUUACAUAUCAUUUUUAAGCUGAACUUUAGGGUGUCAUAUUGCUUUUAACUCCGCAACAUUUAGAGGUCCAACGGUAUUUUAUGAAUCUGUGGGAACGAGCUGGACGACUUUUCGAAAUGGAUUCCUAAAGGACAUUAAUGAAGAUUUAAGGGAUAUUUUAAUCUCGUCUCUUUGGAGAACAUAAUGCAUCUCGGUGAUUUAUAUAUGAUUUUAAUGCAAGCAUAAAUACAGUGGCAGCAGAUUUAUUUGGGGAUUUAGAGCUGUGUGUUUAUUUCUGAUGAUUUUUGUGGAUGGGACUCAUGAAAUGUUCGUCUCAGAACGUUUCACGGAUCAGUUAAACAACACUUGACUCCAUGUAUCAGUAUUUAAAAAAAGGAAACAAGGAAGUGCUUUUAAUUUACAGAUGACUUCAGCGGCAAAAUAUUUUUAUGUGUCUGUCUUCAUAAACAAAACAAACAACAGU